UCAAUUAUCGACAUAUAUCCGCUUACGUACUUCCCCCUCGUCGUUUAAACUUCUUUGUUAAUGGCAUAUAACGCUGGAAGAUCACUGUUUGGUGACAAACAAAGUUCUAGUUUGGUUUUCGAAGAGUUUGUGCCCCCUUCAGCAUGGACCGAAGACGCCACUUGCCAUUACCUUCUUGUUGAUCUUCCUGGUUUCAAGAAGCAUGAACUAAAGCUUCAAGUCGAUGACCGAACUCAUAUAAUAGUUAGUGGAGAAAGGCAGGUGAGAGAGAACAAAUACAAGCGCUUUGAACAAAAAUUAGAGUUGCCAAAAGACGCAGACAUAGAAAAGAUCACAGGGAAGCUUGAUGGCGAGAUUCUGUAUAUUUCAGUCCCGAAGAAAGUAGAACAAGUUCACAACAAAAUUAAACAUGCAGCAUCAAAUGAAGAUGAAGCCGACAAUGACAAAAAAUCAGACACAUCUGAUUCUGAUGAUGAACAAAAACACAAAAACAAACACAAACAAAUCAAACAUGGCAGCAUUCCAGCACCAGCGGCAGCCUCAGAAUCUGAUUCAGAUUCAGAUGCUAAUAACAAAAAAUCAGAUGCAUAUGAAAGUGAAGAAAGUGAUAACAAAGACGAUGAAAAUGAUCAAGAAAGAAUGAAACAUAGAACCGGUUUUGAUGAUAAUUGGGGACAAGACGCUGAGUUAUUUCUGAGACUUGCAAUUGAGAAACUAAGGAAGAAUAAAAAGAUUGUUGCGACUGCAGUCUUCGCAUUUACAUUAGGGGUGUUUGUAACUCAGAAGUUUCAGUCAAAUGGCAAUUGAUGGAUGGAAACUCAUGAAAUAAACAGUUGUGUACAUGACACAUUAUAUGAA